CCACAGAAGAAUCUGCCAACGUCCACCGUAAAUAAAACAAGCAACUGACAUUAAAGCUUCACAGCGAAGAGCAGUAAACAAACAAAGCACGGGACACGCUUUGGUCGUGCGAUUGGUCGUCUGCCGAGCCGCACGAGGGCGCCCAAAAAAGGCCGAUUGAACUCAGCCUGGCGACGAGCAGCCUGCUCCUCAGUCACUUUCUCUGCCUCCACUUCGGUUCUCGUCGGUCCUCGCGAGCACGUGCGGCUCCCUUGCUUGCUUUGCCUUUGCCUUUGCCUUUCUGUGUUGUGGGACCCUUACGAGGCCUUUUGCUUCUCUUCUCGCGCUUUCUUUCUCGCCCUCCUUCGUCUUCCUGGGCAUACCACCACCUGAGCACUUUCUCUCCGCAUCUCUGCUCUAUCCGCCGCCAUGCUCUUCGGCGUCAAGCUCGCCAACGAAAUCUACAAGCCUUGGUCGGCUUCCUACAUCGACUACGAGCGUCUCAAGCGUCUCCUCAAGGAGGACGAGGACGACGACGACGUCCUCCUCUCCCGCCGCCAGUCAAAGGUCUCUGCUACAAAACGCGCGCAGGCCUGGACCGAACGCGACGAAUCUACUUUCGUCGAGGCCCUCGACGCCGAGCUCGAAAAGGUCUACGCCUUUGAGUCAAACAAGUACGCAGACCUCAAAGACAAAGCCGCCGCGGCAGAUGCAAUCAUCCACCCACCUGUCGGCGCGCCGACAGGUGGGGGCGCGCCCGACGCGCCUGCACCGCAGCCCGCCAUCGAGGAUUUGACCGACUUUGAGCGCGAGCUGGACUCGAUCGCCGCCGAGGCCAAGGAGCUCGCAAAGUUCACGCGACUCAACUACACCGGCUUCUUCAAGAUCGUCAAAAAGCACGAUCGACUCUACUCGCAGUACUCUGUCCGUCCGUUGCUGCAGGUGCGGUUGGCUGCCUUGCCUUUCAAUUCGGAAAAUUACUCUCCCAUCCUCUACAAGCUCUCGUCGCUAUAUGAGUACCUACGUGUUCACAAAGAAAGCGUGCUUUUGAGCUCUGUCCCAGAGGUGGGCCUAGCCAUGUCUCAGGCACCUACUGCCUCUGCCACCACUACAUUCAAGUCCUUCAAAUUCUGGGUCCAUCCUGAAAACCUCAUGGAGGUCAAGACCUUCAUCCUUCGCCGUCUGCCUCUUUUGAUCUACAACCCCCAGGCGAGCAAGAUCCUCAACAUGUCCACUCCGGACCCUACCAUCACAACUCUCUAUUUCGACAACCCGGAUUUCCAGCUCUACCUCGAGAAACUAGAAUCGCGCGAGACUGCCUCUUCGCUCCGAAUCCGCUGGUACGGCAAGCUCAACUCUCAUCCCGAGAUCUUCAUCGAGCGCAAAUUCGUUGAUCCCGAGGACAAAGAGACCGUGCUUGAGCAGCGGAUCCCAAUUAAGGAGAAGUACGUCAAGCCGUUUAUAGACGGCACGUAUUCGAUGGAGAAGACCAUUCGUAAGAUGCGCGAACGCAACACACCGAUCGCGGACGUUGAGCGAUUCGAGAAGGUCGUCUCUGAUAUCCAGAGCUUUAUCCGCUCAAACAAUCUCCAGCCGGUGCUGCGCGCGGUCUACUCGCGAACGGCGUUCCAGAUCCCGGACGACGAUCGCGUCCGCAUCAGUAUCGACAACGACAUCGACCUCAUCCGGGAAGACGCGCUAGAUCUCUCGCGCCCAUGCCGCGAUCCUGAUGACUGGCACCGACACGACAUUGACGAUAUGGGACUCGAGCAUCCGUUCAAGACGAUCAGAAAGGGAGAGAUCUCGCGCUUUCCCUACGCGGUCUUGGAUGUUAAGGUUGCGAUGAAGACUGGCGACAGCAAGAUUCGUCCAUCGUGGAUCAAGGAUUUGAUGUCUAGCCAUCUCGUCAAGGAAGCGCCCAAGUUUUCCAAGUUCGCCCACGGAAUCUCAAUGUUGUUUGACGACGAGGAGUACAUCAACGUCCUGCCGUACUGGCUAUCAGAGCUCGAGAAGGAUAUCCGCAGAGAUCCCGAGCAGGCGUACGCCGAGGAACUUAACCGCAAGAAGUUUGGUGACGAUCAGCCGCUCAGUAUCUCACUGAAGCAAGUGACCUCGCCUUCGGGCUCUCCCAGCCGCGUCGCAUCGCACUCCGAGGCGGUCUCGUCAUUGAUUGCGGCGGUGAACGAGCAGCCUUCGCGACAUGGUCGGACGGAGUCAAUCUCGAUGCGUAGCUUCAUCGACGACGAGGACCGCGAGCAUCAGCAGCUGAUCGGAGUGGCUUCAGACGAUGAAGAGGAAGAAGACGAAUCGUCGUCUUCAGAGGAUGACGACGACGACCCGAGUCCCACGGUGGCUCUGCUUGGUCGGCGUAGACAGAAGCGGAAGCAGGGCAAGUCCAACGGACACAAGUCGUGGUUUACUUUGAGAUCGAGAUCGAAGGAUUUUAAGCUGCCGCCGGGUGUCGUCCGUCCCAAGCGCCUGCUCACACAAUCAGGCACGGUAAUGGUCGAGCCAAAAGUCUGGCUCGCAAACGAGCGAACGUUCAACAAGUGGCUCCAAGUCACUGUCUUGUUGUCGGCACUGACGUUUGGUCUCUACAACGCCGCCGGCAAGUACAACUACGUCGCGCACCGGCUCGCGUAUGCCUACUUUGUGCUCACGCUGUUCACCGGGUGCUGGGGCUAUGGCGUGUAUAUGCAUCGCGUGAAGGCGAUCCAGAUGCGGUCGGGUAAGCAUCUCGAUAGUCCGUUGGGGCCUAUCGUUGUCAGUCUGGCGUUGCUGGGUGCGAUUGUUAUCAAUUAUUAUCUCGAGGAGUAACUGUGACUUGUGUUUUUGUGAAUUGUUAAAGCUGUAUAUAUCUAGAAUAGAGUGCUUUUGGUAACAUGUAAA